AUGUAUUCAUCAGCUUUGACAAAAAAUGAAAAACUGGAUGCAAAGUCUGCCUUGUUGGAUGGUUGUGAGUGCCCGUCAGAAGCGCAAGCAGAGGUAAGACAAGUGUUGGAUGGAAAAGGAGAUGCGGACGAAAAACGCAUUGAAGAGUUAAAGUACCUGAAAUUAGUACUCAGAGAAACCUUAAGGCUACACCCUCCAGUGCCCCUUCUGCUUCCAAGAGAAUGCAGUGAGACUUGCGAGAUUAAUGGCUACAAGAAACCUGUCAAGACUAAAGUGGUUGUCAAUGCAUGGGCACUCGGAAGAGAUCCAAGUUAUUGGAGUGAAGCUGAGACAUUCAUUCCAGAGAGAUUUCUUGACAGUUCAAUUGAUUUUAAGGGAAACAACUUUGAAUAUAUCCCAUUUGGAGCUGGAAGGAGAAUCUGUCCAGGCAUAUCGUUUGCCCAGUCUAACAUUGAGUUGCCACACGCUCAUUUAUUAUAUCAUUUUGAUUGGAAACUUGCUAAUGGGUUGAAACAAGAAGAUCUGGACAUGACAGAGACUUUUGGGCUGACUGCAAGAAAAAAACAAAAUCUUGUCUUAAUUCCCAUUCCUUAUGCAAGCCUGUUCAAGUGA